AUGGCGGACGCUGCAUUGAAGCCCGAGAAGGACUUUUCGAAAGAGACCGACAAGCAGAUUCCCGAAGCUAAGCAGCUCGCAAAGACAGACGUCCAGGCCGCCAUCGAGAAGCUUUCCGUGCUCGAGAAGCAGACGCGCCAGGCGUCUGAUCUCGCAUCCACAUCACGCAUCCUGACCACCAUAAUUGCCGUCUGCAAAGAUGCCGGCAAAUGGGACCUCCUCAACGACCAGACCCUCAUUCUGUCUAAGAAACAUGGCCAGCUGAAACAGGCCAUCACGCGCAUGGUGCAGACCAUCAUGGGCUUCCUCGACGAGACUCCGAACUUGGAAACCAAACUCUCUGUCAUUGAGACGCUGCGGACCGUUACCGAGGGCAAGAUCUUCGUCGAGGUUGAGCGGGCACGCGUGACCAAGAUCUUAUCCGACAUCAAGAAGGGACAAGGCGAUCUCAAGGCGGCUACCGACAUUCUCUGCGAGCUUCAGGUUGAGACGUUUGGCUCUAUGGAGCGGCGGGAAAAGACGGAAUUCAUCUUAGCUCAGGUAGCGCUCUGCAUCGAGAGCAGUGACUGGAACCAGGCUGGUAUCCUCAGCCGCAAGAUCAGCACCAAAUACCUAUCACGGAAGCCAAAGAAGACGCCCGAGCAGCUUGAAAAGGAGCAGGCUGAGCGUGAGAAGAAGAAGGCGAGAGGUGAGGAGGUGCCCGAGGUCAAGGAGGACGAUGUCACAGACCUCAAGCUGCGAUACUACGAGCAGCAGAUCGUUCUGGCCAAGCACGAUUCCAAGUACCUCGACGCUUGCAAGCACUACAGACAGGUCCUUGACACCGAAGCUGUAGAGCAGGACCCAGUGAAGCUUCAAGCGGUCCUCCAACGAAUCAUUUACUUCGUCAUCCUAGCGCCGCACGACAACGAGCAACACGACCUUCUCCACCGAGUCCACAAGGACACGCGAAAUACAGAGGUGGCUGAGAAUGCAGAGUUCCUUGAGUUGUUCACAGUGCACGAGCUGAUGCGGUGGCCCGAGGUGUCCAAGCUGUUCGGGCCGCACCUCUGCGAUACCGAGAUCUUCGACUCGGCUGAAGGGCAGUCGAGCGACGAGAAGGCGUUUGAGCGGUGGCAGGAUUUACGGAAGCGAGUCAUUGAGCACAAUGUACGUGUUGUGGCCAAGUACUACACGCGGAUUAAGCUAGCGCGUCUCACACGGCUGCUGGAUCUCACCGAGGAUGAGACGGAAAAGUACAUCAGCGAGCUGGUGACAUCAAAGACGGUGCACGCCAAGAUCGACCGUCCGGCUCGCGUUGUUAGCUUCGCCAAGCCCCGCGAUGCCGACGAUAUCUUGAACGAGUGGAGCUUCAAUAUGAAGAGCCUACUUGGCCUCCUCGAGAGGAUCGACCACCUCAUCACAAAGGAGCAAAUGAUGGCUAGGAUCCAGCCCGGCUUCAAGUCGAAGAAGGGGGGCAAGGAGGGCAAGAAGGCGCGUUAG